UCAAAAAUAAAAAAACAAUGACAAAACAGAAAUUAACGGUGAAAUGGCUAUAAAAGUACACGAAGUACUGAAAAAUGUAACGUGGCUGAUAGGUGGGUAUAAAAAACUUUUUAGCUCUAAAUUAACUGAGCUUGUCACAGGAACGUGGAAGUCGAUCAAGGCCGAAGUAUACUACCCCACCAUGAAGGCCCCCGUCCAGUUCACGGAACUGCUCGAGUUCCACUCGAUGGGCCAGCCUCUUCUGAACUACUCCUCCGAGACGCGCCACCCCCAAAACAAGAGCGUGAUGCAUCUGGAAAGGGGCUUCUUGCGCGUGGACGACGACCGCAGCACCGUGGCCCUUCUCACAUCUCAAAAUUUCGGCCUCAGCACCCUGGAAGAAGGCUAUGUUAAAGACAAAGAGAUGGUUCUGGCCACGGCGUGUAUCGGCAUCAUGAAAUUCGCCAAACAGACCGUUCUGGCGCUGCACAGGUCGUACCGCCUGACCGAGGACGGGAAGCUGCAGUACUGCGCUAUGAUGGAGACGCCUCAGACUCCGCUGACCAAGCACGUGGAGGUGGAGUACGAGAAAAUUAAGGGACCCGAAAGUACCCGCGAAUACGAUCACAAGACAUUCGUGAAUUAAUUAGUAUGCUCUUAAAGUUCUGUGUUUUUCUGUAAUAAAGUUUAAUUUUUUUAUUAGUA